AAGCGAUCUUCCCACCUCACUCUCCUAAAGUGCUGAGAUUACAGGCGUAAGCCAUCACAUCCAGCCUAAUGUUUUUGACAUACUAUGUCAAUCCUAUUUAGGAAGGCAAGUAUGUAAGAGGAAAUGUGAUUUCCUAGAUUAAGUAGUUAAAAAGCAGACCUUUAAAAACACUAGUUUCUUUCUGUGGUUCAAUGGUACUUAAUUCAACAGGUUUAGAAAGUUUCACACCCAGAGUUAGAAAAUCAGUUUAAAUCCGUUUCUUUAAUGUGCCAAAGAAAUAACUGCAUUGCCCUGUCAUGUUUAAAUAGUCAUAGUUUACAGAAUGCUAGGUUUGGACAUCAUUUAGUGUUCCAACCCAUUCUGUGAAUGGAAACCCAGAGAUGCCACAUGGCUUGCACUGGGUCACCCAUUAAGUUAGUGGUACAGGUGGAAAUAGAAUCCAGGUUUCCUGGGACUUUGCUGAUUUCUUUUUUGGCUGGUUAUGCCCUCAGUUCUGACCCUUGCUACAGUAUGUUCUUAAUUCAUGCUCUACCAUGGGAUGGAUGGAUUCAAACUUCCUGUUUCCACCUGUAAUGUUUCAUUUUAGGAAAACUUUUAUCAGCUUUAUGUCCAAACCAGUAAGUAUACUUACUGGUGUCUUGAGUUAAAUUCUUCUUUAAGUAACUGGAGCGAUUUUGCAGUAUCGCAGUUAUGUUUUGAAAGUCCUGCUCUUGGGUCUAGUCCUUAAUCUUUGAGAAAGCAUAUGGGAUAUACAGCGUUGGUUUUCAGAUCACUGAUAAUGAAGAACUAGAGUUCCUGUGACCCCGCGUGUCAGUUGAAAGGGAUCUGUAGGGCCACAGUAGAGAUGCUUUACCAGCUGCAGUGUUUUAAAUUCCAGGAUUCACAGGUGGUCCUACCCUGGGUAAAACUCAGGAGGCAAAAACCACCUUGGUGAGAACUGAGGUCGGAAAUCAGAGCCUUGCCAAUGGCCCCGGGGUAGAGUCGCUCCAGGCCGGACCCAGUCUGCACCGCGGCUGGCACCGGUAGAAGGUGUGCCCGCCCUGGCCAGCCUCGGGCUAAGCAGAGCCCCACCCCGGAAGUGCUGAGAACUUCCGUCCCUGUGGCGAAUCUUUUUGUAGCUGGUUGCAGCUCCCCGGCAGAUAGACUGGUAUGCAUUUGGGCGUUGGAUGGGUGGGCGUUGCACUGCUGCAACCCUGCAGACCUCCUCUCCCCAGGCUAGUCUGAGUGGAACGGUGGGUGGGGAUUACGCCCAAAUGCAACCUCCCCGGAAAGGUUUUUUCUCGCCAUUCAGAGCUACGAGUGCCCAGAGUUGGGACGGCUUCCCUCUUACGGUUAUAGCCCUGGUCUUUCCUGCCAGCUUCAGAGCUUCAUUGAGUCACAACUACAAGUUAGGUCAGUACAAUUGCGCUUCUGGUACAAUUUGUAUCAUUGCCCACCCCUUCAGCUCGCUUUUUCAAACAAAAGAGGGAAACUACAAAUAAUUGGAGAUAAGUAUUAGGAGCUCCAACUUUAGGAGAGGUUUCCUCUUCCACGUCCACUUCUUGUGCCCGUAACAUUUCCUUUUGAAAGCAGAAUAGACCUCUGUAUUUCAGCUUGCAGUAAAUGGUCACCUUUCCGCUUAGCGAUCACUUCCAUCCACACCAGGGCCAUCUUCCAGCUACCUCCAUGGUAGUCUCUCAGGACGCCCGUCUGCCUCCUCCAGCAGUGCUCAGGGGCAAUGACAGGAAGAUUUCCAUGGCAGACUUGCUGCACCAGCAUGUGAUCUGAGAGCCCUUUGCAAAUUAGAUCCUCAUUUAACAUUGUACUUUUUUCUCCCAUAACCCUUAGUAAUUAGUGUAACGGCUAUGACAGUAUUUGCUUUUUAUUUGAGUAAAAUAACGUUUCUUUUACAGAAGUGUUCCUGAAGAAAAGGCCCUCGGAAGGAAUCUUACUGAAUUGCGGACUCUCCAAUUACGGGAAAGCUACAUGAGUGCCUCUUUAGAGGACCUGGUUUCCUUGGUCCCAAGGAUUCUGUUAAUGAGAAAACUCUCCAGGCUAUAAGCUGGCUCCAGCAGCCCAGCUGACAAUGGCUGAGGCCAGUUUCUGCCAUUCCUGACUAUCCUGCCUGAGAAGCACCAGCAUGUAAGUCUGAAACCAGAUUACUUGUGAUUUUGGCCAAGCCAUUUAAUCUUUCUGCACCUCUAUUUCCUCAUCUGUGGAUGGGAAUGAUAAAAGCACCUGCCUAGAGUUGUUAUGAGGAUUACAUGAACAGUACCUGAUACAUAGGAAGUGCUAUCCAGGUCUCAGCUCUUACACACAGUCAGGAAGUGACUUGACAAGAAAUGCAGAGGGAGAAUAAUACUCCAGUGUCACCCAGGAAUAUACCAUCUAAAUGUCAGUAACAGAGGCUCUUCCCUCUACAGGAGAGUUGUGUUAAACUUUGACAUUCUGUGGUCUUCUGGAGGUUUUGGAAGUAAGGGACCUAAGGAAACUGAAAAAAAAAAAAAAAAGACACCUGCUAUUUAACAGAAUUGGCAUAAGUGAGUUAUGAAUGCUUAGCAGAGUCUGAUUAAGUUCAGAGAGAGGCUAGAGCAGGAGGAAAUCCAGCUCAGCCCUGCCAUUUCCAUGAUUUUUAUUGUUUAGGAGCUCCAUCUUUGCUGCCCUGUUGUCUGGAAUGUUGUAAGUAUGUUUCCAUGAUUUUGCUUAAGAUCCUUUGUUUUACCUCUCAUAGGAGUUUUAUUCUUUAUAUGUGGGUCAAAUUUAUCAGUCUUUUUACUUAUGACCUCUGGAUUUUGGCUCAUAAUGAGAAAGGCCUUCCUACUAUGAGGUUAUGUAAGACUCACUUUUUCCUCUGUACUUUUUUGGUUUGGUUGAUAACAUUUAAAACUUUGAUUUAUUUGGAAUAUUUCCUAGUGUAUAGCAUGAAGUAGGAAUCCAAUUUAAUGUCUUUCCAGGUGAUUAUCUAGUUCUCUAUAUACGUUUAUUGAAGAGUCUACUCUGCUUUUUCUUAUGUGUUACCUUUAUUAUAUGCUAAAUUUCUGCUGUGAUUAUGUCUGUAUCUGGACGUUAUGUUCUGUACCAUUUGUCUAUCUCAUCAGUACCACACUAUUUAAGGCUCAAGGCUUUAUAAUACAUUUAAAAUGCUUUAGGGGAAGUGCCCCUUCAAGUGCCCUUCUUUUUCAGUUUUCCCAGGUCCUCUUGUUUUUUUUUUUUUAAUGUCAACACUUAAACCUCCUAAAAAGCUGGUAUUUUUACUGGGGUGGUGGUAAAUUUAGAGGCUGAUUUUGGGAUUAGUCUCUGAGGAGCCAUACAGUAGCUCACUGGGGAGGCAAGCUCUAUAUUCAGUUAUCAUCCAGGUUGUUUAAUCUGUUGUCUGACCACGUAAAUUUUAUUUACUUUCUCAGUUUUCUUAUAUAUGAAAGGAGAACUUUAAUGUCUGCUCUGUGGGAUAAAAGGAAAUAUGAAGUGUAAAAUGCCUUCUUCGGAGUAAACAGAAUCCUUUCUUCACACCUCGCAUGCCCACCCCAUCUUGUGGGCUCACGAACCACUGAGAGGGAAGCCUCCAAAAUCCUAGAGCGGAUCAUCAGGUGCAGAAGCUCGGGAUUCCGCGGAAAUCGACCUCUCUAGGCCGACAGCUGUCUUCAGUCAUUGGAUCCGUUAGUUUAAUCACAGUUUUCCAGGAACCAAUCCAGAGGUAUGAACAAGGUCUCAACUCUGAAGAGAAGAUUUUUGUAAGGAUGGACCCACACCAGAAGAUCCCUGGCAUAUAUAAUGGGGAUACUUUACUGAUUCCUGAGUAUGAAAAAGUCUCUUGGUAUGAGGGCAGGCCCACAGAAGAAAGAAGGUAUAAAUGCAGUGAAUGUGGAAAGUUUGCCCAGAGCUCAGGCCUUGUUCGACAUCAGAGAAUCCACACUGGAGAGAAACCCUAUGAGUGUGAUCACUGUGGAAAAACUUUUAGCGUGCGCUCAACCCUAACUGUGCAUGAGAGAAUCCACACUGGCGAGAAGCCCUAUACUUGUAAUGAGUGUAAGAAAGCCUUCAGUGUUAGGGCACACCUGAUUAUACAUCAGAGAAUCCACAAUGGAGAGAAACCUUAUGAAUGUAAUGAGUGUGGCAAAGCAUUUAGUGUGAGCUCAGAUCUUAUCAAACAUCAGAGAAUCCAUACUGGUGAGAAACCUUAUGAGUGUGAUGAGUGUGGGAAAGCUUUCAGUGUGAGCUCAGCCCUCAUCAAACAUCAGAGGAUCCACACAGGAGAAAAGCCAUAUGAGUGUAAGGAGUGUGGGAAGGCCUUCUAUGUGAAUUCAGCCCUUAUUAAUCACGAGAGGAUUCACUCUGGAGAAAAGCCUUAUGAGUGUGGAGAGUGUGGAAAAGCAUUCAGCCAGAUCUCAACCCUUAUUCAUCACCAGAGAAUCCAUACUGGAGAGAAACCAUAUGAGUGUGAUGAGUGUGGGAAGGCUUUCCGUGGAAGCUCUAAUCUUACUAAACACCAGAAAAUACAUGCCAAAGGAAAGUGUCAUCACUGAUUUAUGUGGUGAAUAUAUUCCACAGGAUUUUUCUUGCAUCAGAAGAUACCAUCAAAAGAAGAGUAUGGUAAAAGUUAAUGCCUUAAUUGACACUUCAUCCCUUGGAAUAUUAAAAAAGUGAAAAGUCACUGAAAAGUGACUCCAUCAGCAUAAUGACUGUGGCUUUAAAAUCACAUCUACUUUUGAGAAUGCAGUUUUACAACCCAUAAGGAUGGAGGUUUGCAGACAGAGUAAUCUGGGUGGAGAACACCUGGGAUCAACAAUGAGGUGAUGCCACAUCCUACCCCAAACCACACAACUAAAUACUAAGCAGUGAAUGGAUUGGAAAACCUUUGGGACCUAAUCAGCUGUGAGUUAAAGCUAAAUUCCUCAAGAGAGUAAAAAAUGUUCUGGCUUCUUUUUGCCUAUUUCUGACACUCCAGUGCUGAAUUUGAAGGCAGACACCAAAGACAACACCAGACAGUAACCAGGACUUCUGAGUGUGUUUGAGUAUGGGCAGAUGGAAAUCAGAGCACAGUAAACACAAAAACUCUUUUAGUUCCAUUAAGAAAGGCCCUAGAUUCUCCUGCUGGACAUCACAUCAUCAAAGUUGGAGCACCAGAGGAGAAAAGAGGACUGAUAUGUGUUCAUAGAAGAUGCAGCUUGUCCUUGUUUCUCCCGCUUCACAUCUAUCUUUUCCCAACUGCCUACUCUGUUGACUUCAGGCUCCAGCACCAUAUAGAACAGCCUCACGUACUGUUUAACCAGUUCUCACAACUGUGUAAGGCCAAAUCCCUAUAAUAAAUCCCUUAUGUGUAUAUCUCUUAGUGGUUCUGCUUCUCUGAUCAAACUCUGACUGCUUGGAUCCACCAAAAGAAGAGUUUUAACACAAGUCACCUCUGCUUUUUAUCCUGAUGCUGAUAACACAGUAAAGUAAUUCCCAAUGCUGGGAAUCACCUGGACUCCAAGUGGGUCCUUGGCUUCAUACAAGAAAGAAUUCAGGAACCAGCUGAGAAGGUGUAAAGUGAAAGCAAGAUUUAUUCAUAAAGUAUAGAAAAUAUACCCAACAGAGUAGAGGCUAGUUCUCCCCACAGAGGAGAACUGGCCCCUGUGGUCCCCAACCCUGGCUGCGGCCCACUACCAGUCCAUGGCCUGUUAGGAACCUGGCCCCCCAUCACUGCCUGAGCUCCACCUGCUCCUGGGACACCUCCCCCAAAAAUUGUUUUCCAUGAAAUCAGUCCCUGGUGACAAAAAAGUUGGGGACCACUGCUUUAGCCCCUCUAUUUAAGUAACAGCUUAAUUAUAGGCUAAACAAGGGGAGGAAUAUUCAUGUUACUUCUUGGAAAGGGCAGUGUUUUCCUGGAAAUGGGCUGAUGCCCUCCUUUUGACUAAAUAUGGACAAAUCAGAAGUGUUGGUCUCAGAUGCAUGAUGGGAGUUGGAGGUUUCUUUAGACACUUUCAUGAUAAUUUUAUGGUAAUGAGGGUAUAAUGAAGCUGCAAGGUCAAGAGGCAGUCAAUUUCUCCACCAUCUUGGUUCUAACCAGUUGGAACUUGCCUCCAUCUUGUUUUGAUCAGGGUAGCUCAACUUUGUGACUCAGGCAAUGCCUGCACAAUUAAACAAUGCCUGAAGCAGUGCUUGCCAGUUCCCCGACUCACUCAGAACACAGGUGGGGCAGACUAGGGCACACACUGGAGCUGGGAGUCAAGCCCAAUCUACCUGAAGCCUUAAGACCAACUACUCAGCCU